CUUUCUCUCCCUUUUGCUUUGCUUGCUCAUUCUUUUCUUUUCCCUCCAUUACUUGCCUUCUUCAAUUAUCUUCAUUCCCACAUUCCUUCAUUCCUUCAUUCCUUCAUUUUAUCAAAGUGAUGCAAUGUCCUCAAGCAAAGCCAUAGCAGCAGCCGCAGCCUUCCGAGGCAACACCCUCUUUGUUCACUACUCCACUAUCGCUAAUAACCUUGGCUCUCUUUAUGCACUAUAUCCUUCUUCUUCCAAUCCUACCUCCGUCGCCCCUUCCCCUCCUUCACCUCAUCCUAAUUCUCCACCUUCGCCUGCUUCCAACGCAGUCGUCAUCAACGACAUCAACAACGGAACUAUUACCACUCCUGAUUCCUUGCUUAUACAGCCUCAAAACCUUGUCGUCAAUGGUCCCAACUUUUUGAACCCAUCCACUCGCACAGCCCCUGGCUCAGCUAGCAUAGUCUCAACCGCCACUCGAGAUCCAACCACAGGGGCUGCUCGCUAUGACCUUUUACUAGCUCUCAACUUCCCUCAAGCACCUAACCCAUACGUUUUCCGCAUAUCACCACAAUUUCCCAACAUGGGCAGUGGAACUCCACCUGAUGGAACGUCCAGUAGUAAUAGUAACAGUAACGGUAACAGUGGCGAUAGCAGUGAUAGUAGUGCUAGCGAUACAACUAGUCCUUCUUUUUCUUCCUUUGCUUCAUCACUCAAUUCUUGGACCGCCAUGGAUCAGAGCCAGAUGCUAGGUGUCCUUCCCACAACCUCUCGACUAUGGCUUGCCUCAGGAACUGCUCACCCGACGGGCUCACCAGAAGGGUCUGGGCUAUAUGAGUUAUUCACAGAAAGAAGAAAUAUAAUGACUAUUCAAAAACUGGAUGUUUCGGGACCGAAUCCAAUGCCAGCAUCGUCUUUGUUGCCAUUGGAGAUGAACCUUUUAGACACACAAGCAGAACCGAGGAUUUUGAGGUUGACUGAAAAAGGAGGCAUCUUUGAUGUGGCCAUCGUCGGUAGCUGCAUCCAAACUCCGUUUAACCCUCCAGGGGCCUGUAUAAUAUUGAUCAACGAAGUCAACCAUGAAAUUAUCUAUACGACCAUGCCAUAUAAUCCUUCAAGUUGUAUUACCGCAGCAAAUGGCUUGAUUAUUAUGGCAUCUUCGGAAGGGAUUUGGUCAUUUGAUUAUAGUUCAAGAUUAUCAAGUAGCUGGAAUAGUCGUCAAGCUCCAGGCAUUAGGCCCAACCUGCCAACUCCUAUUUUAGCAUGUGCUACGUCCAACUCUAAGCUGUAUGCCGUACUCGAAGGAGACACAGGGAUGCCCUCGAUUCGAUCCAUCGACUUGACAAGCCCAAAUUGGGACUGGAAGACAGUUCCAUUAACAAAGACUUCAAGUGGUGAUGGACCUUACACACAUCCAAGAGAUCCCCAAACAGGUACGCCAGCCAAUGGAGAAUCAGUCUCUUCGAAAAGAGGUUUAUCGUCAGGAGCCAUAGCAGCGAUCAUUAUAGCGGCUGUGGUUAUACUUGCACUUCUGGGACUUGGAUUCUUUUUGCGCAGUCGGAAGAGUCGAGCAAAACCUGAUAUGUUAUCGCGUGAAGCAGAGAAAGCGAUUGUGUCACCAGCAGCGCUACCAGCACAAGCACCAGUGUUGCCACCUGUCGCUAUGUCAGCACCUCCAGGAUAUAUUACACCCUAUGGAUCUGCAUCGACUACUCCUGCAAUGGCUGCAUAUGUUCCACCGGUUCAUCCAAACGCUGCUCCUGCACGUGGAGGAUCCUUUGGAAGUAUGUCAACCAGCAAACAAGAAUUUUCAGAGUACAGCCAAUCAUCACUGCAGCCAUUACAGCAACAUCAUACUCCACAACCUACAUCAUACAAUCAAGCCGUCCCUAUCGCAACAACAUCAGCAGCAGCCAUCCCUGGAGCACUUUACACCUAUUCACCUUCAAUAACACCUAUGUACUCGAAUGCGACUGUGAUGGUAGGCGGCAAGCAAGAGUUGGCUGACGAGAGCCAAAUUGAAUCAACACAAUCACGAGCACAGACACCAUUAUCACCUGGGGCUCAACACAGCUAUCUACAACCUGAGAGUGCUGUGCCAACAAACACCUCCAGUAAUAAUAAUGGUUCACAGUCGCAAGGGAUGCUCUCACCGGCCCUUGCAAAUGCUCAGUUGAUCCUUCAGAAUUCACAGACAUCACAACCACAGCCGCAGCCACAACCACAACAUCAAUAUUAUCAUCCACAAAAUGGGCAUUAUUAAAUAAUAAGUACAUAAACAUCUAUAAUAUUUCUCAACAAUAACAAGAAGAAGAAAAAAGGACCUAACACCCUCCUUGCAUGGUUAUCCAUUUAUUUCAUUUGUACAAUUGAACCAUUAACUUAAUAAAAAGCAAUCAUUCAGGAAAAGAAACUUAAUAAAAGGCGUGUCAAUCUACGCAUUAUAACACUC